UCACAGGGAAUUUCCAGUGGGGAAGGAAACCAGCGAACUUUAUUAAACUGACACAAACUCGGUGUCACCUGCUGGAUCUGCCGCUAAUAAACUGCACUUUAUCCGCUCGGACCGCGUUUAUUUUCUCCUGAAAAGCUGCGCUGACGCGCUGCCGUCGCGUCAUGACGCACUCCAGUUAAAGCGCGGCUGUAAAUGGACCCGCUGGUUCCGCCGAGUGAUGAGCAGCCGUCAGCCCAAGUGAAGCGGACCGACCCUCACUCUACGUUCAUGCCGAGAAUCCCACUGCACACCUGAGCGACUUAACCAGACAUCAUGGCUGCAGACGACCCCUACCUUCACACCUCCAACCAGAUCUUCGACAUCAUCGAUCCGUCGUGGGAUUUUCCUCAUUUUCCUGUGAUGUCCUCGUCGUCUCUGCGUACAGUAGACGGACCGUUCCUGCAGAUCCUGGAGCAGCCCAAACAGCGUGGAUUCAGGUUCAGGUACGGCUGUGAAGGUCCGUCUCAUGGAGGUCUGCCAGGAGCCUCCAGCGAGAAGAACAGGAAGACCUACCCCACCGUCAAGAUCUGUAACUACCAGGGUCAGGCCCGGGUGGUGGUCCAGCUGGUCACGGCGCUGACCCCCCUCCCUCAGCUUCACGCUCACAGCCUGGUGGGAAAACAGUGUGAUAAAGGAAUCUGCAUCGCCGACCUGCAGUCCAAAGACUCCAGCAUCAGCUUCCCCAACCUGGGGAUUCUCCACGUGACCAAGAAAAACGUGGCGAAGACCCUGGAGGAGCGGAUGGUGGAGGCCUUCAGGAUGGGACACAACUGUGGAGUCUCCAUCCACCCCGAGAUCGACGCCCUGCAGGGGGAAGUACGAGUCCCCAGAGAGCUGAGCGACCAGCAGCGAUGCGUGAUCUGCAGCGCGGCGUCUCUUCAGGCCAAAGAAAUGGACCUCAGCGUGGUCCGGCUCAUGUUCACGGCGUUCCUGCCCGACAGCGACGGAGGUUUCUCCAGGAGACUGGAGCCGGUCGUGUCGGAGCCGAUCUACGACAGCAAAGCUCCGAACGCCUCCAACCUGAAGAUCGUGAGGAUGGAUCGGACCGCCGGCUGUGUGACGGGAGGAGAGGAGGUUUACCUGCUCUGUGACAAAGUCCAGAAAGACGACAUCCAGGUUCGGUUCUACGAGGAGGACGACUCGGGUCUGACCUGGGAGGCUCUGGGAGACUUUUCCCCCACAGAUGUCCACAGACAGUUCGCCAUCGUCUUUAAGACGCCGAAGUAUCGAGAUCAGAACCUGCAGAAACCGACGUCUGUGUUCGUCCAGCUGAAGAGGAAGUCUGACAACGAGACCAGCGAACCCAAACCCUUCACCUACCACCCUCAGAUCAUAGAUAAGGAGGAGGUCCAGAGGAAGAGACAGAAGACGUUGCCCAACUUCCAAGACUUCAGCGGUCAUGGAGGAGGAGGAGGAGGUUUAUACCGAGGAGGAGGAGGAGGUCCGGCUGCAGGGGGAGGACCAGGAUCUACUGGAGGAGGAGGAUACUACCAGGGCUUCCCUCCCUACAGCUAUGGAACAGGAGGAGCAGGAGGAGGAGGCUUCUCCACAGGAUACUCAGCUGGUCUGGGAGGAGGAGGAGGAGGAGGAGGAGGCAUCAAACACGCUUCUCAGGGCGACGCAGUAGACGACAGCGGUGAUGACAGCGAUCCAGACGAUGACUCGGCGUCAGGCGUCAUCCUGCGAGGUUCAGCCCCUAAGGGAGGCCUGGAGGUGGGGCAGAGGAUGGAGGACGGAGGGGCUGGUGUGGAGCCGGAACAAGCCGGAACAGAACCAGUGUGUGAUGCUGAGGAGUGUCUGCAGCAGGUGAGCAGCCGACAGCUUCAGGCUCUGUUCCAGUACUCGGUUACAGGUGACUCGGCCUACCUGCUGGCUCCACAGCGCCCCCUGAUGGCGGCGCAGGACGAGGACGGAGACACAGGGCUUCACCUGGCUGUCCUCCACAACCAGCAGGAGGCGCUGAAGAGUCUCACUCAGGUGGUCUGUGCUCUGCCUGGAGAGGAAGUUCUCAACAUGAGGAACCACCUGUACCAGACUCCUUUGCACCUGGCCGUCAUCACUCAGCAGAGGGAGGCGGUCGAAGCGCUCCUAUUGGCUGGAGCCGACCCGACGCUGGCCGAUCGUCACGGCAACACGGCGCUUCACCUGGCGGCUCAGAGGAACGGAGGACGAGACACGAUCCGGGUUCUACUGAGACACCGAGACAAGAGAGAGCUGCUGCAGCUCAGCAACACGGCAGGUCUGUGUGCGAUCCACCUGGCCGUCCUGGCCAAUCAGCUGUCAGGUCUCAGGGAGCUGCUGGAGGGCGGGGCCGACGUGGAGGUUCAGGAACGCAGCAGCGGUCGGACGGCGCUUCACCUAGCAACAGAGGCAGACAACGUGUCACUGGCUGGAUGUCUGCUGCUGGAGGGAAACGCCCAGGUGGACAGCUGCACCUUUAAUGGCUCCACCCCCCUCCACAUCGCUGCAGGUAGAGGCUCCAUGAAGCUGACGGCGCUGCUGAUGGCUGCAGGUGCAGAUCCUCAGAAAGAGAACUUUGAGCCGCUGUUCUUCAGGGAGGAAGAGGAGGAUGAUGAAGAAGAUGAAGGCUACAUCCCAGGACUGACCCCAGUCAACAUGGCCGCCACCAGUCAGGUUCUGGAUCUUCUGAACGGCAAAGAGUACGAAGCUAAAGGUCCUCACAGAGCCUUCAUCCCUCCUCAAGGCGACCUGGCGAGUCUGGGUGUGGAGGUGAAGCAGGAAGUGUGUGGCGCUCUGGAGAGUGAAGGAUUGUGGGAGAAUCUGGCUCACAGUCUGGGUCUGGGGAUCCUGAACACGGCUUUUAGACUCAGUCCUUCACCUGCUAAGACCCUGCUGGACAGCUAUGAGGUCUCAGGAGGGACCAUCAGGGACCUGCUGGCUGGUCUAAGGUCAGUGGGGGAGAGCAGAGCGCUGGGCGUCCUGGAGGGGGCGUUGCGUCGCGACCAGGGAACGCCGCCGCCGACCGACGAGACGACAGGUGACGAACAAACUCCGGUCGCUCAGGUCCAGGAUCUGAAGGGGGACGUUCGGAUCGACAGUGGCGUCUGCGACAGUGGGGUGGAGCUUAGCACGGCGUAGACGUCUGAUUGGUCCGUCUGGUUCAUCCAUCCGAGUCUUCAGAGGACGCUGACGGUUCCUCAUCAAACCUUUUAACCAGUUUUAAGUGAAACCUGUUUGUUUAAAAACGACGAGUCAAUUUGAGCUGAAGACUCUCCGACAGACCGGGUUCCAUCUCACUUCCUGUUGGUGUCUUCCAUGAACCACAACUCUGAACUCCCAGUGGUGGAUCUGAGGAUCUUCUGAGGAUCUUCUGUCCUGAUAAGGCAGACGUCUGCAGGGAAAAGGUGCUACCAAACUGAAAUGAUUGUAAAGAGUCGGUCCAGAUCAGGACUCGCAUGUUCUCGUCCACAGAGAGUUUAGCUCCUCAGUCUGAGAAGUACAUAAAGUUUAGUCGUCUCAAACCAUCAGGAAGCAGAUAGACAUGAAUUCCUUUUUCAGAUUUGACUCAAAAGCAGCAGAUUGAGAAACCAAAAGGAUCAAUCAGAGCCUCUUUAUCUCCAGUAACUUCAUUAAUGAUCAGAGUUCUACCUUCAGACUGUAGAUAUUUCUAGAGGUGGGUCCAGAUUUAUCACCGUUUUCUAGUAAAUUCAUAUCAGUAUCCUCUCAUGGACUCAUUGUUGGUUCAGAUUCUCCUCAGUCGUCAUUUAAAUGAUGCUGCAGGAACGAACACAUUUUAAUACCUUCAGGAAACAGAAGCUCACGUAUGAUGGAUUAGAAGUUAUUUUACUACAGAGUGAAUCCUGUCCAUAGAUGAUUCUGGUUUCUUCUUUUAUCCUCUAUAAUUGUUCUGAUCAACCACCUACCAACAUGCUGAUUUGAGCCUUGAAAGUUUACUCAGAAUGCUCUUUUUCCUUUAAACUUGUCCAGAAUGACUCAAAUUUUGUGCAAGAUGACUCAAAAGAAAUCCAAAAUAUCCCCAAAACUUACUCAAAAUAAUCAAAAAACGUCUCUUACAUGAGCCAAAAUUGUCAAAAAUGAUCCUUUCAUCGUCAUCGGCUGUUCUUUUAAACAUCUUUUCGUGGACGAACAUGUUGUAGUUUGUAUCGACGACCUGAAGACGUCCCAACGUCUCGUGCGAUUUUUAAAGAUUAAAUAUUUAGUGUUUUUAUAAUUUUACCUUCUGCUCGUCUGUCACCGGCUACAUCAAGCUGUUCUCCAAUCGUCUCUAGUCUGACCUGACCUGUUUCAGCACAAAGUCUGGAAGCAGAGGGGAAACCGUCAGCUGACAACGCAAAGCAUCAUGGGAAACGUAGUCCAGAGCUGCUGCUCCUUUUCAGCAUGAAACCAAAGCUUGAUUCUGUUUCACAUCGUAUUUAUGUCUUCGCUCUGCACUGUACAGUUCAACAGGAGCUUCUGGUUGGUCGAUUGUUUUUUAAAAAUAAAAUGUUUGUUUUUUAUAUUAAA